GCAGCGCUGGAUUCCAGGGAGCCGAAGAAGGGCAGGGCUACAGCAACAUGGCCAGCAAGCCCAGAGAUCCAAAGCCAGGAUGGAAACUGGCAGCCAAGGCACCUCGGCUGAAGAGACCCUGGAAUGUGGUUCCUUGGCAGAGCAAGGCCGAGUGGGACCAAGUGAUGGUGGGGCUGUACUGUGAGGACUGCCAGACACAACGAGAUGCACUGGACAGAGUGUCUGUCUGGAAGAGCAGGUUUGGGUCCAAGAUGCCUUUAGCCGUGGAAUGCACUGCAGAUCUGAUCCGCUGUAAGCUCCUAGAUGCCUCUGGAGUUCUGAAAUCCCACGAAUUGAUCCUGACCUAUGGCCUGGCACUGGUGAGGUUUGUGAAUCUCAUCACGGAGCGGAGGCAGAAGAUGGUUACCGUUCCACUGAGGCACCUAGCUAAAGAGCUGAACAUCCCAAUCUGGAUUGUGGACCUCCGUCAUGACUUGACCCAUGGCACCCUUCCCCAGCUGGUGACCUGCCGAAAAGGUUGUGAUACGGUGCUGGACUGGCUUCGGCGCUCAUAUUGGAGCUGCCAGCUGGGCAAUAGCUUAGUCGAAGAAGGUGGGGAGGAAACGGAAGAAUCGUCAGAAGCGGAUGGCGAGGAUGAGAUGGACAGCGGUCAAGAAGAUCCGGAGAAGGCGCUGGAUGAGCAGAAACACCAGGAACUCUGUGGAAAAGUCAGAGAUGUUUUGACCUCCUUUAAUAACCAGCAACUUGAGGUCCUCCGACAGCAGCCAGAUGUCAACCAAGCCUGCAAAAUUUGGAGCACAGCUACUUCAGAGGUGGAGUGGGUCGUGGCCCAGAUGAAAGAUUUAUUACAAGAAAAUAGGGAAGUUGUGGCUAAGACAUUGCUUGAAGAAGGCUUUCUCAUUCCCACCGCUGACACUUUGCAGAUCUUGAAUAUUCAUCCUCAAGAAACUCACAAGUGGGAUUUCAGAAUCCCUCGAGCCGUUCUUCGUUUCUGGCAGCCCCUGCUGGGAAGUUUGCACUCCAGACAUUUCACUCAGACUCUGCUGGAGAAAAUGUUUAAUGAUUUGAAGGCCCACGCAAGGAUCUCGUCACUUCGGUCCCAGUACCUCAUCAACUGGAUCACAAAAAUUCUGAAGGCUAACUUGCGAGCUAAAAAGAAGUUAAAGUCUUCCAAAGCCCAGAAGAAACGAAGGUGCCUGAGAUUAUUUCACCACCACAUCUCAUUACAGUGGCUGAAGCUUCUCAGAGAUUGCCUAGACGCGCCGUGCUGGGCAAGUCCUCACCUCCUGCAUCUGAUUCUGUUGAGCAUGGAGCCCCCGUUGCCAGCUGAAGCUCAAGAGAAGCUCCUCUGCCUGACCUCCAUUUACACCCAAGAAGAUGGCUCCUUCCCCAGUUCUGGCUCCACACCGGACGUUUGCAAGCAGCCCGUUUACACCGUGGAGAGUUUGCUGAAGCUCAAUGCCACUGCCGCCCACAAAUUCUUGAAGAAGGCAGGGCGGACGGAGGUGUUUCCGGGAUCGGUUAAAGAGAAAGGGUUGGUUGGGGAGGAGGAGGAGGAGGAAGAAGAGAUGGACACUCAGCCAUCCUCACAGCAAGAGCCUCUUUUCCUGGAAGACCCAGCGGCUUUGGCUGAAAGACGGAAGGCCCUGGAGGGCGGGCUCUGGCAAGUCGGCUCAGUUGAACUGAAAUGGAGACAUUUUCCCCUGGGAAAACUACCCGAUCAAACGGAUGAUCCCGACACCCUGCUAGUGGAUAACUACACCACGAUGUCGGCUCUUGAUCAGCUGGAAAACGGAGACAGGAAAAAUUCCAGCAACAUCUCAUCAGAAUGGUCUGGCUUUCUUACGGCGGGACUCUUAUGGACCCAGAGUGAGCUUCAUAAAUUAAAGAGUGGGAUUCAGCUUUUUUGAGCGGGAGAUUCUGCGCCAAUGAUACAACACAACGAGAGGUUUUCCUUGCUACUCCAGGAAGAAUGCCGUGCCUGCUCUUGGCAAAGUUCUUUGGGGGCAACGCAGCUACUUCUCCACCGUAGAUCGUUCCUCCUGGACAUUUAAGGGAAGCAGGCACACUUAAUCCACCCGACAGAUCUACCCAUUGCUUAAAUUCAUUUU